AUGACUGUUGACGAAAGAGACCAAAAUACUUUGUUUGAUAGAAAUGUAUAUAUCUCAAAAGAGAUUCAGUCUGCACUUCCUUCCAGUCAUCUUAUUAGACCGUUGAGAAGAGAUGAUGAUGAGAGAGGUUUUAUUGAACUGCUGUCUCAACUGUCUGUGGCUGGUUCAAUCACACAGGAGUCGUUCAAAGCUCGUUUCGAUCUUCUUAAAGAACAAGGAUCGACCUAUGUCGUAGUCAUAGAAGAGGAUAACAGAAUUGUGGCCAGCGCAACCUUGUUGGUAGAAUAUAAAUUCCUAAGAGAAUGUGGGAUAGUUGGACAUAUUGAAGACGUUGUGGUUCAUGACUCACAAAGGGGAAAGAAGCUCGGCAUAAGAUUAAUAGAUCAGUUACACUGCAUUGCUCAGACAGUCAAAUGCUAUAAAACCAUUCUCGAUUGCAACGAAAAGAACAUUCCAUUUUACGAAAAGUGCUUGUUGAAGAAAACCGACGUUCAAAUGACUCGAUAUUUUUGA